ACUCGCCGAGGCCACAGGAGGAGCGGCGCCCCUCCUCCUCGGCCUCUCUGCCCGCCUUCUUCGCAGCAGCAGGAGCGCCGUCGCUCCCCUUCGUACAAGCGUGCGGAGUCAACCGGGACAGUCGCCGAGCAGGGGCCGCGUCGCUCUUCUGGUGGCCGGGAGGGGAAGGCGGGCGUUCUCGGUCUCUCCACGCGAGACGAACGACUAGGGAGAGCCGCCCGCUGGAACGUGCGCGACGGAGGACAGAAGCUUGGCUCCCCAUGCCGUGAACUUGCGAGGGCUCCCAGGAGGCAGGAUCCGAGGAAGCGGCGGCUGUAAGUGGGACCCUCGCGCGCCGACCUGUUGCCGCAGGAACAGGUGUGGAAGAAAAUGUCAGUCAGCAUGCAUGAGAAUCGGAAGUCUAGAGCCAGCACUGGCUCUAUAAACAUAUAUUUAUUUCACAAAUCUUCAUAUGCUGAUAGUGUCCUCACUCAUCUGAAUCUUCUGCGUCAACAGCGUUUAUUUACAGAUGUACUCCUCCAUGCUGGAAACAAGUCAUUUCCUUGCCAUAGAGCUGUCCUAGCUGCCUGUAGCCGAUAUUUUGAAGCUAUGUUCAGCGGCGGUCUUAAAGAAAGCCAGGCCAGUGAAGUCAACUUCCACAAUUCCAUCCAUCCAGAGGUUCUAGAACUUCUUCUGGACUACGCGUACUCUUCAAGGGUCAUCAUCAAUGAAGAAAAUGCAGAGUCCCUCUUGGAAGCAGGUGAUAUGUUGGAAUUCCAAGACAUUAGAGAUGCUUGUGCAGAAUUCUUGGAGAAGAACCUUCAUCAUACCAAUUGCCUUGGCAUGCUGCUUCUGUCGGAUGCUCAUCAGUGUACCAAACUUUAUGAGCUCUCUUGGAGGAUGUGCCUUAGCAACUUCCAGACCAUCAGUAAAAGUGAAGAUUUUCUCCAGCUUCCAAAAGACAUAGUUGUUCAGCUGCUCUCUAGUGAAGAAUUAGAGACUGAAGAUGAACGAUUAGUUUAUGAGUCUGCCAUGAACUGGAUUAACUAUGAUAUAAUUAAACGUCACUGUUACCUGCCAGAAUUAUUGCAGACUGUGAGACUGGCUCUUUUGCCAGCCAUAUACCUAAUGGAAAAUGUAGCUACUGAAGAGCUUAUCACCAAGCAAAGGAAAAGUAAAGAGGUUGUAGAGGAAGCAAUCAGGUGCAAAUUGAAGAUUCUGCAGAAUGACGGUGUAGUCACUAGUUUAUGUGCUAGGCCUCGAAAAACUGGACAUGCCUUAUUUCUUCUGGGAGGCCAGACAUUUAUGUGUGACAAAUUAUAUCUUGUCGACCAAAAAGCAAAGGAGAUCAUUCCAAAAGCUGACAUUCCAAGCCCAAGGAAGGAAUUCAGUGCAUGUGCAAUUGGCUGUAAAGUCUAUAUUACUGGCGGUCGAGGAUCUGAAAAUGGAGUCUCUAAAGAUGUUUGGGUAUAUGAUACGCUUCAUGAAGAAUGGUCCAAAGCAGCUCCAAUGCUAGUUGCUCGGUUUGGCCAUGGUUCUGCUGAACUCAAACACUGUCUAUAUGUUGUAGGAGGUCACACAGCAGCCACUGGUUGUCUUCCAGCCUCUCCCUCAGUAUCCUUAAAACAAGUAGAACAGUAUGAUCCUGUGACUAAUAAAUGGACAAUGGUUGCCCCACUUCGAGAAGGAGUAAGCAAUGCUGCUGUAGUCAGUGCAAAGUUAAAACUCUUUGCUUUUGGUGGUACCAGUGUCAGUCAUGAUAAGCUUCCAAAAGUACAAUGUUAUGACCUGGGUGAAAACAGGUGGACUGUACCAGCCACUUGUCCUCAGCCAUGGCGAUACACAGCUGCAGCUGUUCUCGGUAACCAAAUUUUUAUUAUGGGUGGAGAUACUGAAUUCUCCGCUUGCUCAGCUUAUAAAUUCAACAGUGAAACUUACCAGUGGACCAAAGUGGGAGAUGUGACAGCUAAGAGAAUGAGUUGCCAUGCUGUUGCAUCUGGAAACAAGUUAUAUGUUGUGGGAGGCUACUUUGGAAUCCAGAGAUGCAAAACAUUAGAUUGUUAUGACCCCACACUUGAUAUGUGGAACAGCAUAACCACAGUGCCCUAUUCGCUAAUCCCAACUGCAUUUGUGAGCACAUGGAAACAUCUCCCUUCUUAACUGCAUGUGUGCUUAUACAGUUUAUUGCAUUAUAACGCUGAGUAAACCUGGGAACCAACUGUGGAGAAGUGGUUUUGAUGAAGACAUUUCUUUUUUGAAUUUGAAGAAGAUACCCUGCACCUUCUAAAUUCUUAAAAGUUGGAAAUGAAGGAAUGGAAGUGGGAAUAUUGUUUUCAGUAUAUCAGCACAUGGUUUAAUUAUGAAUGAACGAACCCAUGGUCGGGUCCUUGUGUUAGUAAUUGUGGAUUAAUGUCAAGUUUAAUAAUCCUUUCAAAUGGGAGGGGAGGUAGGGGGGGGUGAACUUUCCAGAGCUGCAUAACACAGCACAACCCUCAAUUUUCAUGGACUUUGCUUUUUGUGUGCAAAAUUUGAAAUGGUUGUCACCUCCCUUUGUGACAGUUUGAAGUGUCAACAGCAGCUGCGAAGGAAGCAUACAAGGGUUCAGCAAGAUGUAUCCUUUGUGAAUGAAGAUGCAGUUUUGCCCAGGGCAAUGAGCUUUGUCCUAGGCAGUGCUGGGAGCAUCAGUUUCAAUUGGUGAGCUGCGUUGUGGCUCGCUCUUGAAUUACUUUCUUAGGGAGCAGCAGCUCAAUUAUUAAAAAAUAAAAUAAUUUUUUUCCCCAGCGUCUACGCGAAAGGAGAAUGACUCUUCUUCCCUACAUACAUGCAAUUUAUUUCUUCUUGUAUUUAUUAAUUAUGACUGUCCUGCUUCUGAAUUGUUACUUGUUGUAGAUACAGCUAUUUAUUGUUCAGUGCUUGCAUGCUGAAACAAUGCCUGGAGUAAUUUUCAAGUUAUAAGGGCUUAUCGGACUCUUAUGUUUUGCACAUUCUGUGAUUUCUGACUUGUUCUGCUGCACAAAAAAAAAGCUGAAUAAUAUUUCAGAGCUGGGUAGGGGUCAGAAAUGGAACGAUUUUACAUUGCAUGUGUACUGAAGGACAAAGCCAUGGAGGUUGUUUUCUCAAGCCAUUGACUCCCUGAAUUACACGUCUGCCCUGCUGAUAGUAUUUCUGUUACACUUUAUUUGCCUAGUCAUGCCUUCUGAAUGAAAACAUCUAGAAAGAGAGACAAUAGCUUUUGUAGCUUUCUUUUUGUGCAGCUUCAUCACUAUUGGAAAGGGGACUGGAGGGAAAUUCUGCAGAACCUUUUUUUCCUCUAAAAUCUUUCCAAUAUGAGAUAUACAGUUUUGUUUUGUUUAUUUAUUUAUUUAUACCUGAUCGAAUGUUUUAAUGUGCCAUUUAUAUGACCAGGGGAAUUUUAUUCUCUUUAAGAGAUGGGAAACCCUUGUGGGAAAGAGUUAGUGUCUGUUUAAAUUAACCCCAAUUCUCUUGGUUUUUCUUCUUGGAUUAAAUUGGAAUUAAAACCCAUUCUCUACCCCCUCCCCCAUUGUUUCUUAAUAUAAUAAUAUAUAUCUAUAUUAUUAGAUAUAAUAAUUAGGAUGGUCAAUGGGGGAGCAGGGAGUUGCUAAAUUCAUUUAAUAUAUUGUUUUGCAUUCAUUAGCAAUCUGAGCUUUCAGAGGAAUAGUAGCUGGAAGUAUCAUAUGUGGGAUCCUGAUCGAUCAAAGGAUUUUUAAAUAUCCUACACCACCAACUUAUUUUUUGGCUUGAAUGUAAAAAUAAACCUAUUCAGUCUUUCCUGAUGUACUUAGCCCAUAGUUCCUUUGUUUAACUUUCUAGUUGUGCUUUUCAUAAGAAUUGGUACAGCCAAACAAUAUACUGCUACCAGUCUUCCAUUGUGGUUGGUUGUCUUAAUGUUGUGUAAGCAAAUUGUUUUGAAAUGCAUGCAUGCAUGCUUAUAAACAGUUAUAAUGAUCACGUCUGCUUACAUUUUGAUAAUGUAGCUCAAUUCUGACAGUUUACUGUAAAGAACAAUUUGUGUUCAUGGCACAAUCCUAUGUUUACUCUGAAGUAGGUUUUAAUAUCUUAACUUGAGCUUACUCCCCAGUAAACAUGUUUAAGGAUUGUAACCAUUGGCGUUAGAGAGCUUUCUCAUGUUGCCGUAAGUGUGCUUCCCACCCCCGGAUUCUCAAUAUAUAUGCAUUUCUUAUGUAUUAUCUUAAGUAAGAAAUGAAUGUAUGUGAAGUUUUUCAAAUUGUUAGUUGUGGUUCUUAGCAUGGGUAGCAGA